CCCCGCUUUGACCUGACGAGGUUCGGAACCUGGGCUUGUUAUGCCAAUGGAUGCGGUGGACGAAGAGCAGUCGCGCCGCCUACUUCAACCGACCUCGGAGAACCUCGCUAAUGUCAAGGUCUUCCCUCUCAUACCAAGUCUGAAGAAGGAUGUCGCUAGAGAUGUCGAUACUGCUUUGACAUGGGAUCAAUUGACGGCGUCGGACAUCAACUUCGCAAUCGUCCGCCCCCUAGUCUUCAAAUAUGCAAAGCUCGACAACAUGGCCGUCGUGUACGCCUGCUUCGUCGUACGCUCGCAUUUCCUAUCUGAAGCAGAGGACAAUCUUGCCUUCUCCGGCGUGCUCCUCUCCCGCGCCGCCCUCUGUGAGAUCCUAGCCAUGAAGCUACUCGGCACCUUCGCAUCCAGCCCGCUUCGCGUCGCAACCGUCCUCACCGCAAGCUGGAACCCACUUGCUGGAGCUCCAGAAGCUGUCAUACAGGACGUCAGGAAUAUGGUGGGAGAAGAUGGCUCCUACGACCCACAGUGUGCCCUCGAAAUGGCCAUCGCUUCCGAAUCGAAGGCGUUCUUGGCAUCACCAUUGGUUCAGACGGUUGUGAACGACAUCUACUCGGGGCGCAUGGUCUUCACGAUGACGUCCAAGCGUUCCGUGCUCGCUGACAACUACAAGCCACGCAGCAUUGAGGUGUACGAUGUACGGAAGGCGCCGUUUCUGGACCACUACCGUUUGCGCGUUCCCCGCUAUGGGGCGAUUCUCGAGUUCCUCAACUUUGCCCUGCUCUUGACAACCUUCUUGCUAUGCCUGUCGACCAAGGAUCUGGAUGCGAUGAAUGGAUUUGAGAAACUGUUCAUAGUUUUCGCCGCCGCUUUCGCGUUAGAAGAGUAUACCGCUUCGAAGGAACACGGAUGGACCAUUUACAUUGCGAAUCUUUGGAACGUAUUUGACACGUCGUUCAUUGUCAUAUUCCUCAUCUACCUCGGGUACAGGAUCAAGGGAUUACAUGACGGUGACACGGCUGCUUCCGACUUUUCGUUCGACGUCCUCGCCUGCGGAGCUUGCAUAUUAUUCCCAAGACUAGCAUUCUUCGCAGUCUCGAACAACGUCGUGGUUUUGGCUUUGCGCUCCAUGAUGUCUGAGUUCCUCUUCUUCAUUGGCAUCGCCGCGAUCUGCUUCUCUGGCCUGCUGUUCACCCUACACAACCUGUCCGCGGAUUCCGGCAGGUGGACCCUGAAGAGCAUCGCGUGGCUAAUGGUGCAGAUCUGGUUUGGGAACACGUACCUCAGUUUCGCGCAGGCUGAGAGUUUCCAUCCGCUCUUUGGGCCUGUACUCAUGACCAUGUUCGCCGCAUUGUCGAACACGCUCCUGUUGACCAUUCUCAUCUCCAUCCUGUCCAAUACGUUUGCGAGGAUCGACGCAAAUGCUAAGCAAGAGUACCUCUUCCAAUACGCCAUUUCCACGAUCGAAGGAGUCAAGGACGCGCUGUUUAGCUACCAGCCACCCUUCAACAUGCUGGCCUUCGUGGUACUUUGGCCCCUCAGCUUCGUCCUCUCGCCACGGGCGCUGCACUCGGCCAACGUCUUCCUUAUAAAGCUGACAUCGUUCCCGCAGCUCAUCGUAAUCGCCAUCUACGAACGCUACCUCGCCCGCGGGCAAAAGUGGCGCGAAGUCGGCUCCGAGCGUGCGCACCAUCUCUACGCGAGCCUCAGCCGCAGCGUCAAGCACAUGCCCAUCCUCGACUUUCUUGGCUCCUCUUCCAUGGACGUCCACGAGGCCAUCUUUGACGUCGACCUGCACGGCGAAGAGGAGAAUCUAUUCCCCGAUGAAGACGACGAAGACGAUUUCGAUCAGUUGCACGACUUCCCGCUGUCCGCGCCUGCAGACACUGACACCACCAUGCGUGCGUCGAAGUCGCACGAGUCGCUCCGGCUACGCAAUAGGAACCUGUCUCCGUUCGCCCCGUCGCGCUCCCGUCCGGGCACACUAACCCCGCCAGAGCAGAUUCGCCGCACGACGAGCCUCUCGCUCUCCCCACGUCAUUCGCAGCGGACUCGGACGCGGAGCGCGGUUGACCCUGGGUCCCCUUCGUUGUCCCCCCGCCCUCGGAACAGCCGACUGCCGUCGAUCAAUCCCCCGAGCACGAGCGAGGUACCGACGCUUGGGCCGCGGAGCCCGCUUGGGGCGCUGUUCAGCUCGAGGAGAGAGCGGGUAGUGUCGACGGCUGGGGUGGAGGCAGGCGUGAAGAAGAUGGAGGCGUUGGUCGAGGACAUCAAGCGGAUGCCGGUGAACAAGCUCAAAGAGGAGAUGAAAGAGUUGCAGGACCGACAGGCGAGGAUCGAGAAUUUGUUGUUGAUGCUGACGAGGGGUAUGCGGAACGACACUGGACACCAUUCAACGAUUCGACAUGAUUCAUUGUAACUCUGCACGACAUGGACAUCACCAUUACGCAUCGCUUGGUAUCUAUCGGGCAUAAUUUCCAUCUGAAGUUCUAGCCUCCCCUAGCUUGCGCUUCGAAAGUGACGUCGACAGUAAGCCGCUUUCUCAAUUUGGAAUGUCGCGAGGCGCGAUGUACUGCUUUCCGUGACUACAUGCCGUAGGGAGCUAAGCCGCGGUCAAACCGUAAGUCGAACGGAGAAGCUGACGGUUGCCAACUCACAACUAUGCGGAGCAAUCCCUGCGACAUCUCAGGUAGUGGCGGUCUUCUCUACCUCGCG